AUGGAUCCAUUCAAAGCUGGCUUCAAGCAUAAAAAUUCACCAAAUUUAAUUGACAUGAAAUGUGUUAGAUUUUGUUUUCAAGCUACAUUGACAAGUGAUGAUGGAAAAAAAAUAAUUACACUUGAUCCAGUUGUAUCAAACGUGAUGAAUAGUAUUCUUUCAAAAAGUUUACGGAUUAGUAGAUUAAAUAUUUGUUCUGCUCCAGCAAGUGGUGGAAAAGAAGUGACAUUAUUAUGUGAUAAAGUAUCAAAACAUGAUAUAAAAGUAUUAUUUUAUCAACAAGAUAAUGAUAGUAACAUUAUAUGGAAAAAGUAUGCUGAAAUUGUUGGUGUUCAUCGACAAAUUGGGAUAACAAUUGUAACACCAAAAUAUGAUAGACAGUUAUCUGAUGUUAUUGAGGUAUUUAUUAAACUUGUGAGACCAUCAGAUGGACAAUCAAGUGAACCACGUCAAUUUGAAAUAACUCCCAAUCGUUUAACUCAUCAAUGUUCAGGCUUUAGAAAUAUUUCGAAAGCAAUUUAUCCAAGAGAUGUUUCUACCAUGUCAAAUUUACAAUUUGGCUAA